GGAAAGACCUGAUUUAUGUAGCAAAAUUUUGCGACUUUCUCGAUCCAAAUCAUGUUAUCGUCGGCGGCGCCUUCAAUUUCUUUCCCAUUCCACAACCACAACUGCAACGGCAACGGCAACCACCAUCACAAUUACUGCAUUGCUCCUCCUCGAUUCGUAAUUCGAUGUGCAAUUGCGUCAGCUUCUUCCCCAAAGAAGAACAAGUUGUGGAAGCAAGGUGAGCACCCGGGACGUGUAUCGGAAAACUCAUCCAACAGAAGAACGCCGAUUAAGAACAUUAAGAAGAAGCUCGACCGUAAAGCUAACCUUAAUCCUUGGGUAAAUACGGUUACUGAAGCCUUAUCUGAAUCCGUCGACGUAAAACAGUGGUCAAGAGCUCUACAGAUAUUUGAGAUGCUGAAAGAACAAGCAUUUUAUCAACCCAAGGAAGGAACUUACAUGAAGCUCAUCGUUCUACUCGGAAGAUGUGGGCAACCAAAACAUGCCCGCCAUCUGUUCGACGAAAUGAUCCAAGAGGGACUAGAGCCAACAUCACAACUCUACACAGCUUUGCUCGCUGCUUAUUGUCGAAGUAAUCUAAUAGACGAAGCAUUCAAAAUCCUCAACCAAAUGAAGACCCUUCCUUUAUGCCAACCAGAUGUUUACACCUUCAGCAUCCUAAUGAAAGCUUGUGUCGAUGCUGCAAGAUUUGAACUUGUCGAAUCCAUUUACCACCAAAUGGAUGAAAGAUCCAUCACUCCCAACACUGUAACACAAAACACAGUCUUAGCUGGAUAUGGGAAAGCAGGGAAAUUUCAAGAAAUGGAAAAGGUGCUUUUGAAUAUGCUUGAUAGCGAUACAUAUACACCAGAUGUCUGGACAAUGAACACGAUUCUGAGCUUAUUUGGCAACAUGGGUGACAUCGAAUCAAUGGAAAGAUGGUAUGAAAAGUUGAGAAACUUUGGAAUCGAACCAGAAACACGCACUUUCAACAUUCUAAUAGGUGUAUACGGGGAAGAACAAGAUGUAUGA